AGAGAAAAGAUAUACAUGCCCCUCCCUCUUUCUUCGCCUAGAGACAGCCAAGUCACUCACGCUCCUCUCCACUCCGUCCACUACUUUCACCUGAUCGCCACCACUACCUCCACCUGGAACCUGGAAGAGAGAGAGACAAUGGCGUGUAGGCCGCCAUGUCCAUGUGGCUGCUUCUGCUUCUACAUGGUGUUCUUCCUCGGCUUGCUGCUCGUCGAGGCCGUCCAUGGCACAGGGCGGAGCGAGGUGGCCGCGGCCGCUCCGACUCCGAGCCUCGUUCCAGCUGAAGCGAGCGUCCUUCGCCGGAUCGCGGCCAGGCUUGGUGUGUCCAGCUGGGACUUCACCGCCGGCGCCGGUCCCUGCGACCACGGAGACUCCGGGGUGCACUGUGACUGCUCCUUCUCCAACGGCACCGUCUGCCAUGUCACAGAGAUAUUCCUCAAGGGGCAGAACUUCUCCGGUGAGCUCCCGCCUGACUUCGCUGACCUCCCCUACCUCCUCCAGCUAGAUCUAAGCAGGAGCUUGUUCCAUGGCGGAGUGCCUCACCAGUGGGCCAGGAUGAAGUUACAAGGACUAUUGGAUGUCGUCGGGUUUACUUACCUUGGGGACUUGAAGCGAAGAUAGAAGAGAUGUGACGUCGGUCUCUCCAUGGUUGACAACUUUCUGGUGGCGAUCCACCGUGUAUUGUGACAAGAAUUUCUCUUUCGCUUGAUGCAUGUAGUCCUCGUAUUGCUGUCGCUCAUCGGUCGUCAGACUUUUAACAACCGGCUUCAGGAUAUUGUCCAGGGAGAUAUCGGUGUGAUCUUUAGAACCAACCAUUUGAGAGCCUGAUUUUUAGUAGAUCUAGACACCUGUCUCUAGCGGAGUCGCCAAAAAGUGUGUUGGCGCCGAUCUGGACGCCAAACAUGGAAACGGGUCGCCUGGCGGUGUUCUCUGCAGAGGCGCGGAUGGUCCGCGACACAGAGCCGGACGGUCCGCGACCUGGCGUAGGAGCUCUCCUCCUAUGUGUACGUCCGGACGGUCCGCGCUUGGGGCUCGGACGGUCCACAAUGGCGCAGAGGGUCUUCUUCUUCACAGCAGACCUAGAUCUCACCUUCCGGGAGGGACCCCGUCGGGGAGGAGAGAUCCUAGGGUGUGUCUUGGCAUCGACAGACCACCCAAGAUGCCUCUAGUCGACGUAGAGCCAAAGAGAAGUGAAGAUUUGAGGUAGAGGGAGGCUAAACUAGAACUACUCCUAAUGCAUAAGGUAAAACGAGAAGUAGAUUUGAUUUGAUCGAUUGUGGGGGGUUUAAUCGGUCGUAGCCCUUCAUCUAUAUAAAGGGGGGAGAUCUGGACCCAUUACAAGUCAUUUCCCAAGUUAAUCCCGUAGUUUUAGCUAACAAACCCCGCAAGAAACUCGGACCCUGCGCACGCGCGGACCAUCCGCGCCACCACUGCGGACCAUCCGGACCACGGUCUGUCUGCCUCAGGGCCGGACCGUCUGCACGGUCACUUUCUGUGCUCAACAAAUGUAGUAGUGACCAACAACAGUCUAGUAGUAGUCUCCCUUUGCAGCCUUGUUAGAGUAGUGAAUUCUUGUUCAUCUGACUGGUGCCGUACAUGAUAAUCCAUGGCAUCGCCGUUAAUGCACUGAAUGAAUUUGAUUUUCCGAUCAUAAGCCUAAAACAUACCUCCUAUGAACGAAGGUAUCAGAAUAUAAAAUAUUUUAAUAAUUCGAUUUGUAGAACAAACAGAGUCACAUACCAUGUUGUUGAUCUGUUGAUGCCAAAGCCAUGCAGGUCACUGAUGGCGAAUAGAUUGUCAGGGCCUUUUCCCAUGGUUCUCACAAAGAUCACAACCCUGACUAACCUGAGCAUUGAAGGCAAUGAGUUCUAUGGGCCAAUCCCUCCUGAAAUUGGGUAUUUAAUUAGAAUGGAAAAGCUAAUAUUAUCAACCAAUGAGUUCACUGGACCCCUUCCAGCUGCUCUUUCGCUAUUCAGUAAUUUAACUGAUUUGAGGAUUUCUAGCACCAAUUUUUCCGGAAGGAUACCUGAUUUUUGGGGAAACUUGAAAAGGCUUGACAAAUUGCAAAUAGAAGGAUCUUUCUUAGAAGGGCCAAUUCCCUCGAGCCUAUCUGAAUUGAAAAACCUUUCUGAUCUGAGGAUUAGUGACCUGAGAGGUAGUGGUUCAUCUUUCCCUGAUUUAAGUGGAAUGACAUACAUGAACAAAUUGGUACUAAGGAACUGUUCCAUCAGUGGAAGCAUACCCCCAUACAUUGGCACAUGGACAUCUCUUAAGCAUCUGGAUCUCAGCUUUAAUAAACUGAGUGGAGAAAUACCACCUUCUUUUGCUAGCAUGGGAGCUGUAGAUUACAUAUAUCUAUCUGGAAAUUCACUCACCGGGAACAUACCUGGAUGGUUAUUAAGAAGAAACAAGAUCGCGGACAUAUCUUUUAAUAACUUCACGAUGGGGAGUUCAGGUCCGAGCCAAUGCCUUCAAGGGAGUGUCAAUCUGGUGGAGAGCUAUUCAGCUGAAGUGAACCGUUUAAAUAGUAUUCAUCCAUGCUUAAAGAGGAACUUCCCAUGUGUUGCUUCGAAUGGACAAUAUCACUCUUCACUGCAUAUCAAUUGCGGCGACAAAGAAGCAACUAUUAACGGAACUAAAUAUGAAGCCGACACAACACCCAAAGGGGCAUCAUUGUUGUAUGUGUCCCCAGGCUUGAACUGGGCAUUCAGCAGCACCGGGAACUUCAUGGACGACAACAUAAAUGACGACAACUACAUAGCAACAAGUGCAUCAAAAUUGGCCGUGCCCAAUUCAGAUCUGUACAACAAAGCCCGUCUUUCUCCUCUUUCGCUCACAUAUUAUGGGCUUUGCAUGUUAAGUGGGAGCUACACAGUUAAUCUCCACUUUGCUGAAAUUGUUUUCACAAAUGACAGCACAUAUUAUAGCCUUGGCAAAAGGAGAUUCAACGUGUUUAUACAGGGGAGAAUGGUGCUAGAGGAUUUCGAUAUUGAACAGUCAUCCGGUGCGGCUGCAAAACCAGUUACCAAGACUUUUCAAACAUAUGUUACAAAUCACACUCUAGAGAUUCAGUUCUAUUGGGCAGGAAGAGGGACAACAGGCAUUCCAUAUAGAGGUUCUUAUGGCCCACUGAUAUCUGCAAUAUCAGUAACUCCAAAUUUCCAAAUUCCAUUGGCUGUUGACCCUCCCAAAGCUGGAAGUAGGGAAAAAAGGAGUUCAAGGGCAUCUAUUGCUUUAGGAAUUGGAAUUCCUAUUGUAGCAAUAUUCACUGCUCUGAUUCUCGGCAUUUAUUGUAUUAAGAAGCAGAGAAAGAGUUCGAUGCAUGAAGAACUCAGAGCCCUUGACCUGCAAAUUGGCUCCUUCACCUUGCGUCAAAUCAAAGCAGCAACUAGGAACUUCGAUGCAGCUAACAAGAUUGGUGAAGGAGGAUUUGGUUCGGUUUACAAGGGUUUAUUAUCCGAUGGCACCAUCAUCGCUGUCAAGCAGUUAUCAUCAAGGUCUAAACAAGGGAAUCGGGAAUUUGUGAACGAGAUAGGCAUGAUAUCUGCACUCCAGCAUCCAAACCUUGUCAAACUCUACGGCUGCUGUACAGAAGGAAACCAGCUGUCGCUAGUUUAUGAGUACAUGGAAAACAAUUGCCUCGCACGAGCUCUUUUCGUUGAACAGUAUAGACUGAGAAUGGAUUGGGGAACAAGGCAUAAGAUUUGCCUUGGAAUAGCGAAAGGUCUAGCAUAUUUGCAUGAAGAGUCUGCAAUAAGGAUCGUGCACAGAGAUAUAAAGGCCAGCAAUAUACUGCUCGACAAAGAUUUGAAUGCCAAGAUCUCAGAUUUUGGGCUAGCAAAGCUUAAUGAAGAUGAUCACACCCACAUAAGCACAAAAGUAGCUGGAACUAUCGGUUACAUGGCUCCUGAGUAUGCUAUGCGUGGUUAUUUAACAGAUAAAGCUGAUGUAUACAGUUUUGGUGUUGUUGUUUUGGAAAUUGUCAGUGGAAAAAGUAACACAAACUACAGGCCGAAGGAAGACUUUGUUUAUCUUUUAGAUUGGGCUUGUGUUCUACAUGAGAGAGGAACUCUACUGGAAUUGGUUGAUCCAGAUCUAGGAUCCAAUUACUCGACAGAAGAAGCGCUCCUCAUGCUGAAUGUUGCCCUGCUAUGCACAACUGCGGCGCCUACACUCAGACCAAAGAUGUCAAAAGUUGUUAGCCUGCUUGAAGGCAGUGCCCCACUGCAGCCUUUGCUGUCAGACCUCAGCCUUGCAGCAAAUAGCCUGAGCUCAAGUGGUGUACGCAGGAACUUCUGGCAAAACCCAGGUGAGAGUCAGAGCCUGACAGCACAAGCUUCAUGCAGCGAUACUAAUGAAUCAUCCACCAUUGAUAUAGAUGGUAUUCUACUGGUAAGUUAGAUGUAGUUUGCUGUGCAUCAUGAACUAGGUUUACAUGUAGGAACUACUAAGCAUAGGCCAGCAUGUUUGUAUUAAGUUCACCAGUGCAAUGUAAAUAGCAAGUAGCAUACUAAUGUCUAGUACAGGUAGAGCCCUAUGCAUUUUACACCAGUGCAAUGUAAAUAGCAAGUAGCAUACUAAUGUCUAGUACAGGUAAAGCCCUAUUCAUUUUAGUAGUCUCUGUUUCAUAUUACAUGGGAAUAUUAAGAUGUCUGUGACAGAACACUGGAAGUUCUCUAUGGACUAUAGUCUCUGAGCUCC